CUCAUUUUAGUUCCGCCCUUCUCCCUGGUAUAUAGUGACAGCUGAGCUAGCGCAAUGUAUCGCUCUUUGAGAAACGUCCAGCGAUUUAACUGCAAACUCCAGGCGUUGCAGAGGAACCUAGCCAACACAAAGCACAAUCCUGCUGCAGGAGUCAUCUUCACAUCCUCCAGAAUGUCUUCGGAGUACAGAAUUGAGGCAGACACCUUUGGAGAGCUGAAGGUGCCAGUUGACAAGUACUAUGGGGCUCAGACUGUCAGGUCCACGAUGAACUUCAAGAUCGGCGGACCGUCGGAGAGAAUGCCAAUCCAGGUGAUCAAAGCGUUUGGUAUUCUGAAGAGGGCUGCUGCGGAGGUGAACAAGGACUAUGGACUGGACCCGAAGCUGGCUGAGGCCAUCGUGCAGGCUGCUGAUGAGGUGGCAGCUGGUAAGCUGGAUGACCACUUCCCUCUGGUUGUGUGGCAGACCGGGUCAGGAACUCAGUCCAACAUGAACGUCAACGAGGUGAUCAGCAACAGGGCCAUCGAGAUCCUGGGAGGGAAGCUGGGGAGCAAGGACCCGGUGCACCCCAACGACCACGUCAACAAAAGCCAGAGCUCCAACGAUACGUUCCCCACAGCCAUGCACAUCGCAGCAGCCAAAGAGGUCCACGAGGUUCUGCUCCCCGGCCUACAACACCUCCACGAUGCCCUGCACGCCAAGGCUGUGGAGUUCAAAGACAUCAUCAAGAUCGGACGCACACACACACAGGAUGCUGUGCCGUUGUCUCUGGGACAGGAGUUCAGUGGGUACGUGCAGCAGGUAAAGUACAGUAUGGAGCGAGUGAAGGCAGCCAUGCCCAGAAUAUAUGAGCUUGCAGCAGGGGGCACUGCAGUGGGAACAGGCCUCAACACACGCAUCGGCUUCGCUGAGAAAGUAGCAGCUACUGUCGCCUCUCUCACAGGUCUGCCUUUCGUGACGGCUCCCAACAAGUUUGAGGCUCUGGCGGCCCACGAUGCUCUGGUGGAGCUGAGCGGAGCGUUGAACACGGUGGCCGUCAGUAUGAUGAAGAUCGCCAAUGAUAUCCGCUUCCUGGGGUCCGGGCCCCGCUCUGGCCUGGGAGAACUCUGUCUGCCUGAGAACGAGCCUGGUAGCAGCAUCAUGCCUGGGAAAGUUAACCCCACCCAGUGCGAGGCCAUGACCAUGGUAGCAGCCCAGGUUAUGGGAAACAACGUGGCUGUGACCAUCGGAGGCAGCAACGGACACUUUGAGCUUAACGUCUUCAAGCCAAUGAUGAUAAAGAACGUGUUGAACUCAGCCAGGCUGCUGGGGGACGCCUCAGUCAUACUUUAACUCGUCCUCUCUCCUCCUCCCAGAUAAAGAACGUGUUGAACUCAGCCAGGCUGCUGGGGGACCCCUCAGUCAUACUUUAACUCGUCCUCUCUCCUCCUCCCAGAUAAAGAACGUGUUGAACUCAGCCAGGCUGCUGGGGGACGCCUCAGUCAUACUUUAACUCGUCCUCUCUCCUCCUCCCAGAUAAAGAACGUGUUGAACUCAGCCAGGCUGCUGGGGGACGCCUCAGUCAUACUUUAACUCGUCCUCUCUCCUCCUCCCAGAUAAAGAACGUGUUGAACUCAGCCAGGCUGCUGGGGGACGCCUCAGUCAUACUUUAACUCGUCCUCUCUCCUCCUCCCAGAUAAAGAACGUGUUGAACUCAGCCAGGCUGCUGGGGGACGCCUCAGUCAUACUUUAACUCGUCCUCUCUCCUCCUCCCAGAUAAAGAACGUGUUGAACUCAGCCAGGCUGCUGGGGGACCCCUCAGUCAUACUUUAACUCGUCCUCUCUCCUCCUCCCAGAUAAAGAACGUGUUGAACUCAGCCAGGCUGCUGGGGGACCCCUCAGUCAUACUUUAACUCGUCCUCUCUCCUCCUCCCAGAUAAAGAACGUGUUGAACUCAGCCAGGCUGCUGGGGGACGCCUCAGUCAUACUUUAACUCGUCCUCUCUCCUCCUCCCAGAUAAAGAACGUGUUGAACUCAGCCAGGCUGCUGGGGGACGCCUCAGUCAUACUUUAACUCGUCCUCUCUCCUCCUCCCAGAUAAAGAACGUGUUGAACUCAGCCAGGCUGCUGGGGGACGCCUCAGUCAUACUUUAACUCGUCCUCUCUCCUCCUCCCAGAUAAAGAACGUGUUGAACUCAGCCAGGCUGCUGGGGGACGCCUCAGUCAUACUUUAACUCGUCCUCUCUCCUCCUCCCAGAUAAAGAACGUGUUGAACUCAGCCAGGCUGCUGGGGGACGCCUCAGUCAUACUUUAACUCGUCCUCUCUCCUCCUCCCAGAUAAAGAACGUGUUGAACUCAGCCAGGCUGCUGGGGGACGCCUCAGUCAUACUUUAACUCGUCCUCUCUCCUCCUCCCAGAUAAAGAACGUGUUGAACUCAGCCAGGCUGCUGGGGGACGCCUCAGUCAUACUUUAACUCGUCCUCUCUCCUCCUUCCAGAUAAAGAACGUGU